AGGCUUGUAGGCUUGUACUCUUAUGGUCGGUUGAACACUCUAUAUAAAUCCCAAUAAUCCUUUCAUAUUUUCAUAUUGUCAAAAUUGCAACAUAGAUUUAGUCAAACAAGCAAAAACACAAUGUCCACGUCAACAUUAGCUUUUACUUCUUUCCACAACACAUUAAAUCUUGACCCAACCACAACUCACCACCAACGCCGCCGUCCCACCACCUCCAUCCGCCUGAUCACCGCCGCCACCUCCGCCGAUGUUGCUCCGACCACCACCGGCAAAAACUCCUCCACAAACCUCCCUGUCAAGCCUAUUCCUGGCUCUUAUGGCAUUCCUUUUGUCCAACCUUUCAAAGAUCGGUUUGAAUACUUUUAUAGCCCCGGUGGCCGUGAUGAAUUUUUUAAAACCCGUAUACAAAAGUUUCAGUCAACGGUUUUCCGGACAAAUAUGCCCCCGGGCCCUUUAAUAUCAAACAACCCAAACGUCGUCGUUUUACUUGAUGCUAAAAGCUUCCCAACUCUUUUUGAUGUCACAAAAGUUGAAAAAAAAGAUUUGUUCACCGGAACUUACAUGCCGUCAACUGAACUCACCGGCGGCCACCGUGUCUUGUCCUACCUUGACCCAUCUGAACCAAAACAUGCCCCACUUAAAAACUUGAUCUUUUUCAUGUUAAAAGAAUCAAGAAACCGAAUCAUGCCCGAAUUCGAAAGAACAUACAGCGAAUUAUUCGAUGAACUCGAAUCCGAAUUAGCCCAAAAGGGUAAAGCCUUGUUUAACGAUGUCGGAGAGUGUGCUGCUUUUAGGUUUUUAGGCCGGGCGUAUCUACAAACCAAUCCAGAAGAUACCCAGAUCGGAAAAGAUGGACCCAAAUUAAUCAGCACGUGGGUGCUGUUUAAUCUGGGCCCAAUUCUCCGUCUGGGACUUCCUUGGUUUGUGGAGGAGCCUCUCCUCCACACUUUCCGCCUCCCAGCGGUUUUGAUUAAAAAAAAUUACCAAAAACUAUACAACUAUUUUGAAUCGUAUUCUUUACCAAUUAUCCAAGAAGCCGAAUCUUUAGGAAUAUCUAGAGAAGAAGCAAUUCACAACAUAUUAUUCACUAUAUGUUUCAACACAUUUGGAGGGAUCAAGAUACUAUUUCCAAACACACUAAAAUGGAUCGGGCGAGCCGGGUCAAAUUUACACACCCAGUUAGCUAAAGAAAUCCGAACCGCGAUCAAAACACACGGCAAAGAUGGAAAAACAACAAUGGCGGCAAUGGAAAACAUGCCAUUAAUGAAAUCAGUUGUAUACGAAUCAUUACGUAUAGAACCACCAGUUGCACUACAAUACGCUAAAGCUAAAAAAGACUUCACAAUUGAGUCACACGACGCCGUUUUUAAAGUCAAAGAAGGCGAAAUGUUAUUCGGGUAUCAACCCUUUGCGACUAAAGAUCCGAAAAUAUUUGACAGGCCAGAAGAGUUUGUUCCCGAUCGGUUUAUGGGUGAUGGUGAAGAGCUUUUGAAGUAUGUGACAUGGAGUAAUGGACCGGAAACAGAGGGGCCCACAGUCGGGAACAAACAAUGUGCGGGAAAAGAUUUUGUUGUGUUGAUUACGAGGUUGUUUGUUGUUGAGUUUUUCCGGCGGUAUGAUUCCUUUGAUAUUGAAGUUGCGGCUUCGCCGUUAGGGGCGAAAGUUACAUUGACUUCACUGAGGAGAGCUCGUGUUUGAUUAGGAUGGUCGCCGGAGAUUUGGUGGAAGUUUUCCGGUAAGGGUAUUUUAGGAAAGGCAUAUAUAUAUAUAUAUAUAUAGGUUAUUUUUAUUUGUCUUGUAUUUGUUGGCCAUGUUGUAAUUGUUGGCUUUCUAAAUAUAUAUGUGUUUUAUAUUA